CUUGCGUUUUCCUCUCGUUGGCGCCAUUUUGAUUUCUCGUUGAAGUAGUAUCAUAAUGCGCCCAUUUGGAGAUUCAAAGGCUGAUCAGGAUAAAAAGCUGUUUGUUGGUGGACUUAAUCCUAAAACUGAUGAGAAUUCUCUGAAAAGUUAUUAUGAACAAUGGGGUGAAAUAAUCGACGUAGUAGUCAUGAAAGAUCCUAGGUCCCAGAAAUCUAGGGGCUUCGGUUUCGUAACCUAUAAAGAUGCGUCGUCUGUUGAUGCUGCACAAAACAAUCGCCCUCACUCGUUAGAUGGAAAGGAAGUAGACUCAAAACGGGCUAUGCCCCGAGAAGAAACCAGUCCUGAGGUACACGCCGCAGUGAGGAAAAUUUUUGUAGGUGCCCUGAGAAAAGACGUUACCAGUGAGGACCUGAAUGAUUAUUUCUCUCAGUAUGGAAAUGUGACUGAUGCUCAAAUAGUAAUGGCAAAAGAUACAAAUACUUCUCGAGGGUUCGCAUUCGUAACAUUUGAUGAUACAGAUGCAGUUGAUAAGGUGAUUUUAGGCCGCCCGCACACUAUUAAAGAUUCGAAGGCGGAUGUUCGCAAGGCACUUAGCAGAGAAGAAAUGAACAAGAUGAGGUCUAAGCCUGCACCAGCAAGAGCUGAAUAUAAUGGCGAUGGCUGGAAUGACCAAACAAAUGGAGGUUUUCAACAACAGUCUUGGGAUCAGGGUUAUAACCAACCAAGCAGACAGCAACAGCCAUAUGCCUACAAUGGUGCGGGCUAUGGUUAUGGUGGUUAUGAGUCAAGUUCAUCUGUGGGAGCUUGGCCUAAUACGGCCGAUGGCUUCGGCAACUAUCAGCAACAAUCCUACGGUGGAGGUCCUAUGAGGACAACGCCUACAGCUCCUUCGUACUCGCGUCCCGCCCCAUAUACUGGCAAUGGUUGGCAACAACGCUAAGUAACGUCACUGUGAAACCGAACGCCUAGUGCAUUUUGACUACCUUUUAUCACUUGCUGUAUAAAUAUACGAAUCGCUUAUUUUGAUAUUGCUUUGUACUGGCAGCUGUUUGUGACUAGUUUUUGAGGAUCUGGUUGGGUUGCACUUGGAUAAAGAUGAAAUGUGGCAUGUUUCCGUGUGUACACGCAGAUUCUUCAACCUCCAGUUUUCAACGCGAAGUGGAUACUGCAGUUAUGUCGCAAAAGAAUGGAGAGUGCUGUGACAAGAAGGCUUCAACACAGCUGAAUGUGGUCAGUAAACAAGGAAGGGUUCGAAUCGUCAAUAACUGGCUCAAUGUGGAAUGAUCCAGUCGGAACUUCGCACAGGUGAUAUGGGAAGAACGUGUGCUUCACGGUUGCAGUGAAUUUCCACCAGAUGCUCCUGGUUUGUAUAGGGUUUAUUAAUAAAUAAAAGUGAUUCGUUUAAUUCCGAAAGGAAAAAGGGUUUUUAUAACAGUAAUCUUGCAUAUGGAGGUCUGUAACUGUCGAAACCAAAGUGUUACUUUGUAUUGUGCUUAUAAUCAGCUGUACGUUAACUGUAGAUUCGGUUGUAUUGUGGAUGUAGUGUACUACUAUGAAAUCCAAUAUCCUGUACACUGCAUAUCAAGUUACAUUCCACCAUCACUGCAUGCACAUUUAAUAAUCGUGUCGCCGUGAUAAGGUUGUUCAACAGGAGGGUUUGCGUUUGAGUGUAUGGUAAGCUUUUCGACGAAGUAAUGCGAUAUUUCUGUUAUCACCGUUUUUGUAUCUUGCCCAUGCUGAAAUCACUCCUGAAUGGUUAUUGGAUGGAGGAUGGUAGUAAUUUCCGUUCGUUGACUAAUCUACAGCUAAAUAAGUUAAACUGUCUUUUGGGUUUCUCACCUUGAAAGGAAAAUGAACUAGAAACCAGCACUAAGUCAUUAUUUAGGACACUAUGCGUCAGAAUAAAAUCAUUUACUCCUAAUAAGUCAUAGUAAAGAGGGAUUAACAUUUUUCAUCCUGCUCUCAUAAGGAAUAAACAAGGUCAGUCGCUUUGUGCUUGCUAAUUUCACUGGUCUUAAUACGUUUGUUUGUUUCUUGAAUGUUAGACUAACAGUCUGCACUGAGUGUCUGAAAUGACUUAUGUACAAUGGACACAGUAUUGUAGCAAAAGCAUUUAGCAUCUAUGCAAGUGAAUGGUUGAGUCCUGCUUAGCGCUGAUCUAUCCACUAAACAGAUGAAUUAACUGUUGAUUACUUAAGGGGUUGAUACCCAGACUUCAAAUCUAUUAAGUGUAAUGGAUUGUCUUUAUUGUGGUAAAGGUAAACUAAGAACUAUUCUUAGUAGAAAAUAUUUAUGCUGGCUCUCCGGUCGCCGGUUUCUAUUCAUAACACUCCGCUAAGUGCCACCCUUCACAUUCCCUCCUGCAGGCAAACUCUAAACUGUUUCUACAUAAGAUUGACUAGAUUUAACAUAGAAGACAGGUGUGCAGCAGUUCGAGUUGCCACACUCCAUGUGGUACACAAAGCAGGAGAAGAGAGUAAGGUGAGACUCGAAACAGACUUCUUGAGAGGAGUUUUUCUGUCACUGGCCUUUCGCCUGUUACCUGCCUAGUAGGCUUGUCAGACUGACACCCGGGGAUGGGUACGUAAUACUCUUCUACCAACAAACCAUGCGUUUCUAC